AUGCCUCUCCAUCCCAUGAGUGUCUUCGAUCGGCUCUACAAAGAUGCCAUCCGAAGGCAGAACCGCUCACAGGAGAAGUGGGUGGUGGACAUGCGAAACGCGCAGCAAGAGACCUGGGAGCGCAUCCUGGGCAUUUACGAUGGCCCACCUCUGACGAAGGAGCAAGUCAAUGCCUUGGUGGAGAACGGACUGAUCGACAUCAGGAUGUUCGGCAUGGAGCCCAGGGAGCCCAGGGAGCCACCUGCUCCCCGAAUGACCUGCCCUCGCUGCGGCUCCACCAUGAGGGCCACCACGCCCGACAGCACUGUGAGCACCCAGCCGCCGCGGCCGCACACGCACGGUGCGAGCCUGUCGGAGCGCUCCAAACCGAAGCUCGAGCGCGUUCGGACCUGGGCCGGCACCGUCACAUCCUUGCGGGCGGCAGGAGCUGUUGCAGUUCCCCAAGGUACUUUGACCUACACGAAUGCUGAGGCUUUCGCACGGAAGGAGCUCUACCUUGACAUUGUGGGCUUCCAUCCCGUGGCACCAGAGCGGAAAACUUUUGCCAUCGUCAGCGAAGCGGACCAGUACAAGAAGCACUGCCGUCUACAGCGCUUCAACGAGCCCCAUCCACUGGACUUGCCGCUGCCGUCCCCGACUUCGCAGAUGACAAGCCCCAAGAACAUGGAUGCCUCCCCGAUGUCCAAGUCGGAAGCUGCCUUCUCUCCUGACGGUCCACCAGUAUCUCCAGCAUCUCCUAGCAGAGAGGCACCCCCAAGCUUCACGCUCACUCCUACUUCUUCGGCGAAGCUAGGGCCUGCACCGACGACAACGCUCGACGCAAGCGCGAUGACGUUGGACCUUCGGGAAGCGCAGGUGAAAUCACCGCCUCCAAUGCUAUCUGAGCCUGCGGCGCCGCCAAUUCAGCAGCGGCGCAUAUCAGCCAGAGAUGCGAAGAUUGUGGAAGGCUUUGGGGAGGGCAGUGGCGUUCUCAGCCCUUUGCUGCAAGCCGCACUGAAUCUCACAAAGAUCCCCUUCGAAGAGCGGCGAUGGAAGGUCAUGGGUCUCUGCUUGACCCUCUUCUGUCUACUUCUUGGAGAGGCAGCCACCGCACGUCGCUACGCGAAGGUGCAUGGCAACCUCAUGACGGCCCUUCAGAAGAGGAAGACCACGGCCUUCCGCUUCGGGCUUUGGAAGGUCGGCCAGGUCAUCCUGACCAUCAGUCCCAUCGUGGCGCUGCGGGAGUAUGUUGCAGGUGUGCUGGAGCUCACAUGGCGUGAAUCCCUGACCCGGCGCCUGGUAGGGCGGUACCUGUCGGAUGGAACUGCAUCAAAGCGGCAGUCCUUCUACAGCCUCACGCUGACUGGAGACAUUGAUAACCCAGAUCAGCGGAUUUGUCAGGAUGUGGGGAACUUUGUGCACACCGCUGUGUCGUUGUCGCAAGACCUGGUGAGGACCCUGUUAAGCAUCCUAGCUUUUGCGCCGACCCUGUACGCCAUCUCUCCCACAGCAUGCUUUGGGGUAAUUGCAUAUGCCAGCUUGGGGACGCUCAUUGCAACACGCGGCUUUGGUGCCUGGUUGGGCCUAUAUCAGAUGAAAUGCGUACAGCAGGAAGCUGGCCUUCGAUACAAACUUAUCCGUGUUCGUGAGAAUGCCGAAUCCAUUGCGUUCUUUGAGGGGGGAGAGGCCGAGCUUCGGAAGUUUGACACGGCCUUCACGACAUUGCUUGAUACCGCGUACCGGCGAGUUCUCGUGGCCUGUGGCUACGGCAUGUUGAACCGCAACUUCCAGUGGGCUACCUUCGUAGUGACACCUGUGUUGGUCGGGCCGGCAUACCUCAAGGGCAAGGUGGAGUUUGGUGUCAUUGCCCAGACCAGCAUGGCCUUCAACAGCAUUCUGGGUGCAAUGUCAUUAGUCAUGCAGCGCCUGGAAACGCUCAGUGACGUGUCUGUGCGAAUGCAGCGGCUGCAUCACCUGGACCUGGCCCUCCAAGCCUGUCAAGCUGAACGUGCUGCAUGCCAGGAGCCGGGAGUACGUGGCCUUGGGUGUAUCUACUCUGAAGUUGCAGAGGGCUCCGUGCGUGUGCGCUUCCGAGACGUGACCCUGAAGACGCCCCUCCGGGCAGAUGUGCCACCGAGGGUGCUCUGCAGCCGUCUGAGCUUCGAGCUGCUGGACGGGCAGUCGCUGCUGGUGACGGGCGAGAGCGGAAUUGGAAAGAGCUCACUGUUGAGGGCAGCCGCCGGGCUUUGGGCAAAUGGCUCAGGUACAAUACAGUUGUGCAAAAGGCAGCACGUAUUCUUCAUGCCUCAAAAGCCAUACAUGUUCUUGGGAUCUUUGCGCAGCCAGCUUCUGUAUCCACGCGUUGACGAUCUCUUGGUCAGCGACCUUGAGCUCAAGGAGGCCCUGCAGCGGGUGCGCUUGGGCGAUUUAUUGGAGCGACAUGAUCUGGACGACACCAAGGACUGGACCAGCAUUUUGUCACUGGGACAGCAGCAGCGCAUCAACUUCGCGCGGCUCCUGCUGAGGCCAAAGUCGGAGUUGGCUCUGAUGGAUGAGUGCACCUCAGCCUGCGACGUGCACAGCGAGUCCCUCCUCUACGAGCAUCUGCAGAAACAGCUCCACAGCUACGUGUCUGUGGGACACCGCCCUGCCCUCCGGAAGUUCCACACCCACGUCCUGUGGCUUCGGCAUGUGAAGAGCGACCUGCGGCAGCCCCGAGCUGAGGGCUUGUUCCUGCCGAUGUCAGAGUUCCAAUCGCUCAACCCAGCGUAA